GGUUCAGUUGGUGAUCAUAACUCGAGAGCGCAAAACACAACACGUACAGACCAACGAGAUUUCGAGUUAGCUCUGCUUUUGCCUCUUUGUGUGUGCGUUGGUUACAUACUUUUUUCGUGGCGGCAAAUUUUUAGAACAGCAACGAAAUUAACCUAAAAUUAUCAGCAAAAUUAAAUUACUAAAGCAACAAUAAAAUAUAUACACAUAAAUAUACAAAAAAUUAAGUGAAAUAAAUUUUUUAAAAUAAUUUUAAAAAAAUUGUGUAUUCAAUAAUUUUUAAAUAAUUUCCAAAUCUAUGUGAGCAACAAAUACAAAACUCAACAAAAAAAAUAUUAAAAAAAUACGUGCAUAAGCGCAAUUUUUUUACAUAAAACAUAACUAUUGUUUGCAUAAGUCGAAUAUCGAAAACAGAACGAAAAGAGCGGCAAUAUGUCGAAGAAUAACGGAAAUGCUGAAAAGUACGUGAGUGAAUUUCCGCAACCGGCCAAAAAGAAAACUUUUUCGGAAAUUCUCUACGAUCCGAAUGAAGGCACUUUCUUAGGUCGGACGCCAAAAAGUUGGGGACAACUGAUCACAUUUUAUACGAUCUUCUAUAUUGUCCUUACCAUAAUGUUCACGAUUUGCAUGCAGGUAAUGCUCUCCACGAUUAACGAGCAUCAUCCCAAAUGGAAGCUGGAUGAGUCGCUGAUAGGCACCAAUCCCGGCAUGGGACUGAGGCCUCUCAGCGAACAAACCGAACGCGGCUCGGUUAUUCGAUUCAAUAAAAAUAAGCCGAAAGAGGCUGCAUACUGGACGGAGCUGCUCGAUGACUUCUUGAAAGAUUAUAAUCAUACUGAGGGUCGCCAGAUGAAGCAUUGUGAUCCUAGCCAAGUUCACAAUCCCGACGAUGUGUGCGUCGUCGAUAUUGCAAAGUUUGGACCCUGCUCAUCAGCCAAUAGCUAUGGCUAUAGGACGGGCACACCCUGCGUCUUCCUCAAGCUGAACAAAAUCUUUGACUGGGUGCCCGAGGUUUACGAUACUGUCGAUGGCAGCACACCAGCCGAGUUGAGGGACGUUCUUACGAGCACGAAAGUCGAAGAGCGCAAACAAAUCUGGGUGACAUGCAAUGGACACUAUGGCAAGGAUAAGGAGCAGUUCAACAAUAUUACGUACUAUCCCAGCCAGGGCUUCCCCGCCUACUAUUAUCCGUAUCAGAAUCAGCCAGGAUAUCUGAGUCCCGUUGUUGCCGUGCAAAUCGUCUCGCCGCCGGAUCACGAAAUGCUGGAGGUUGAGUGCCGUGCCUGGGCCAAGAACAUCAUCUACAGUGGCAGCUUACUAGAUCGCCGGGGCUCGGUUACCUUCCAGUUGAUAGUGGACUAGGAGAAGAGGCGAUGGUCAACUACAAACAACUUGUGAUUGCAACAACCUAAGCCAGCCUUAUGGGGAAAUAAAUCGACAUCGGUUGCUAAACUAAAAUCUGAGACCAACAAAGAAAUAAAAAAAACAUUAAAAAAACAGCAACCAUUAAGAAAAAAAAACAGCAAAAAGAAGAGUUAACUUAGAGCUUAGGCGCUUUCAUGUUUUAAAUGUAUUGUACAUAUAUUUAUAUGAGGAAAAUCAAAAAUAUAUCGACGAGAGAGUCAAUAACAGAAAUCUGCCCGCAUCAGAAGAAAAUUAAAUAUGAAAUUAUGAAAAGAAAAAAAAAAACAGAAAGAAAUAGGAUAUAAUGAAUAUUGAAGCGAGAAAUUCACAAAAGUUCAAAUCGUACACCCGCAAUUGUUGUUAUAGCUUCCGGCUUGUCUAUUGCUAUAAGUUAAUAUUUACAAAUAAUAUUUAAUUUAUAAUUUUAUAAAUUCCUGUAAUAAUAUGCUUAAUUUUGUCAGUUGUAUUUAGUUUGUAUUUAUAUAUGUUAUUAUUGCCUUUUAUUUUUUGUUUGUCCUUUGAGUUUCAUUAUUAUUUGUAAAAAGUUAUAAAAAAAAAACCAACACACAGAAUAAAACGUUUAUUUGUUAAAUUAAAUUCACCCAAAUAGGCGAAUAUAUAUAUUUUUUUCAAAUAUUUAAACACAAAUCCUAGCAAAGCUACGUAAAUAAUUUAUUUGUUAACAAUUGCCGUGCUUGUGGCAAAAAGUAUUGAAGAAAAAUAUAUAUGUAUAUCCCUUAGUUCAAUUUUAGAAAUAGCAGAAACAAUAACAAAAUUAAUUCCAGGCAUGUUUUUGAAUUAAUUCUUAAGCCAUUUUGAGAUUUAAAUUAAUGGAAAAUUUUAAGAAAUUUCUUCUCUGUUGCAUUAUUUAAUAAAUAAAAAACUCAACU